AUGGGAAGGGCCGGUUGGGGUUUGAUCGCGGCUGCGCGCGCGUGGGUGUGGGCGGCGGCGGCGUGCGCGGUGGUGCUGGGGUGUACGUACACCGCAGCCUUCGAAGCGACGAUCGACCUGGGCCCGGGGCAGCGGCGGUGCAUCGGCGAGCAGCUGAGCAAGCACGUGUUGAUAGUGGGUGAGUUUCGGGUGGUAUACCCGCCCGCGGGGGCCCCGGGGGGCCCCCCGGGGGCCCCCGGGGGCCCCGGGGGCCCCCUCCUGCUGCACGUGCAGGCCACGGACCCCGCCAGCAAAACCCCCGUCUUCCAGCAAAGCAGCAGAGACCGCGUGAAGACAGGCUUUACCAGCACUAAGCCGGGACUUCACAUGUUUUGUGUGAAGAAUAUUUCGAAGCAGCAAAUAGCGGUGGAGGCGCAGCUGCUGUGGGGCCCCGCGGCGCGGGACUACAGCCAGCUGGCGAAGGCGGAGCAGCUGGACGAAGUGCUGCUGCAGCUGCUGCAGCUGCAAGACAAGCUGAAGUUGUUUCACAACAACAUUUUGUUUUUAAGAGAAAAAGACGAAAAAAUGCGGCAGCAAACCGAAGCUGCUGCUGCCACUUUGCUGCUGUUUUCGGCGCUUAAUAUUUGCCUCCUCGUCGCCGCCAGUUUGCUCUCCGCCUUCUUCUUCAAACGAUUCUUCAGGUCCAAAAAAAUCAUUUGA